UAGCAGCACUAGGCAGUAGGCACUGUGGCAACUUCAUAUGCUAAAAGCCAAAUGUUGCAUGAAAUAGGCCAUACAAAUGAAAGGGGAAAAAGAGGAAAAUGCAUAAGAUUGGAAAAACAGAGAGCAUCACAUUUGAGCAUUUUUCAAUUUCUGUUAUCUUUUCUUCUUCCCCACUCUCUCAUAGCAGAAUAAGCAACAAUAUAGUACAACAAAACAAACAAACCCUUCUCUGCUCCAUCUUCUUCAUCACUCAUCAGCCAUGGCAUUCCUCCUCCGUCUCAGAACAAUCCACACUGUCACUAACCCUUCCCGUUCUCUUUCUCUCCUCCACCACCACCGCCACCUCUCAUCCACCUCCAACUCCGGCGCCGGUGACCUCCUCCGCCUGAGAACAUUCCUAACUUUGACAACCCCAUCUCAGCUCCACCACCACCGCACUUCCAACUCCGUCGCCGGCGACCACCCCAACACCAACCAUCCCUUCCUCUUCUGUCUGAGAAAAAUCCAAACAUUUCUGCUCCACCACCUCCGCCGCCACUUAUCCACCUCCAACUCCGGCGGCGGCGACCACCCAACCUCCAACAAUCCCUCUCCCUCCCCUUCCUCUCUCAGAGAACUGCGGGAGGCUAUCGAGAGACUCUCUGCAACUGAUUACAUUGUGGCGAGUAAAACCCCAACCUAUACCAUCUUCUCCUUCGACCCUUCCUCCAACUCCAACGCCGUGCCCGACUCCUCCUCCGCCGCCGAUUUCGUUCCCACCGGAAAGUUGGAUGAGAAGCUUCACCAGUUGAAACUCAGCGCGUUGAACUUGGGGCAAAGACAGGCUACUGAUCGCAACCGCCUAUGGAAGCUGAAGGAGUCAAGAAUCGAACUCCGGAACAAGGUCCUCAAGAAUGUCACCAAGAGUAUCAGCAGGGUGCAGGAACACAAGGGCGGCAAGGGCAGCGCGCGGUGGCCGGAGAUAUGCGAAAUGAUGGUGAAGGAGAUUGAUGGCUUAAUUGCAGAGAUGAAGAGGUUGGGGGAGACGACGAGGCAGGAUAUGAACUUGUUAGGAGUGUUGGUGAAAUCCAGACUCGCUUCCAUUGAUGAGAUGGUGAAAAACUUGUCGGAGAUAAGGGAAGAUUUGCAGGAGGAAGUGUGGAAGGAGCUGAAUGAGGGGCUGUGGAGAGGUGUGAGCAGGUGGAGCUGAAAGAGGCUACAUUGUUAGCCUUGGAGAUGAAGCAGCAGAUUGAAAGUCUCUAUCACAGAACCAAGAACCUCUAUGAGAUACGCCACACUUUCGGGUGAAGUGAAGUGACCGGUUUUUGUUUCCAGGUCUUUUGCUGUAGGGUGCACAGGGGAACUUUUAUGAGCCCAAAUUAUGUUCUAACUUCUAAUUAACUAUGCUAGUAGAAUUUCAAUUUAUCUGUAUAAAGGUGAAUAUUAGUUCAAGGUUUAUCAUCUUGACUUGGCUAACACAUUGAUGUUUAAUUAAUGUCUUCUGUGUCCCUCCUUGAAUGUUGAGGCUGCUGGCUUUUUCUCUGUUUAUUGAUUUUAUCUGCUAAUUUUGCUGUGAGUUUAGU